CUAGAGGUAGAUGAUAACUACCCCCCCACUCCAUCCACUAACAAAAACUGAAUAAAAAUUUCACCUUUUGGCGCUCAUUCUCAUCUUUUCAGCUCUCAUUUAGGGUUUUGAAAAACUCUUCAUUUACCAAUUCUCCCUCCUCCAACUCUACAAAUCCCGUUGCAGAAAGCCCCAAAUCGAAACCCUAGAUUGCAGAAAAUGCCUCCGGUUAAUUUGACAGAUGGUGCCAUAGCGAUGCUGUCCACCGGCGACGGUCAGCGGAGCGACGUACAGCCGGUGCUGCAGGUAGUCGACAUACGGCUGAUCAAUUCCCAGAAUCAGAUCAACACCGACAGGUACCGGAUCCUUCUUUCCGACGGUACGUUCACCCAGCAAGGCAUGCUCGCCACCCAGCGCAACGAUUUGGUUCGGUCCGACAAGUUGCAGAAAGGAUCCAUUAUCCUGUUGGUGCAGUACGUCUGUAAUCUUAUCCAGAACCGAAGGAUUAUCAUCAUCAUUGAUCUAGAUGUGAUAGUUCAAAAAUGUGAUAUUAUCGGAGAACCAAAAAGUUACCCAGCUUUGAUGGAUGGGGAUGUCUCUUCAGCCACCAGUCCAUCCGCACCAGGUCAGCCAAUGAAUCAGUCUGCUGGUGGGAACGUUAUUCGUUCAUCUUAUGGUGCUGGCGGUAAUGUUACUCCUCCAUCAUAUGGUGCUGGCGUAGCGAUGGGUGGUUCAGCUCCCAGGCCAAAUAUGGGUGGUUCAGCUCCCAGGUCAAAUAUGGGUGGUGGAAUUCAUGGUCCGCAUUCAGUGGAAGAACCGAACCAAGGCUCACAUUCUUAUUCAAGUAAUAUGGACUCGGGAAGAUAUAACUCUUCAAAUGUUUCACCAAUCUAUCCCAAACAGGAAGCUAGUUCUGGUGUUCCGCGAGCUCCUGUGAGUAAUUAUGCCCGCCCACCUCAAUCACUGUAUAACCAAACCCCUCCAAUGUUUGCAAACAGAGGGCCAAUAGCUAAAAAUGAAGGUGCGGCUAGAAUCAUCCCUAUUGCUGCCUUGAAUCCAUAUCAAGGAAGGUGGACAAUUAAGGCCAGAGUAACAGCAAAAGCGGAUCUCAGGCACUACAGUAAUGCUCGAGGCGAGGGUAAAGUGUUCUCCUUUGAUCUUCUUGAUUCGGAUGGUGGAGAAAUAAGGGUAACUUGCUUCAAUGCUGUUGCCGAUCAAUUUUACCAACAAAUUGAGCCUGGUAGAGUUUAUAUGAUCUCAAAAGGAACACUGAAACCUGCUCAGAAGGCUUUCAAUCACCUACGCAACGAUCAUGAGAUUAUGCUGGACAGUACUUCCACUAUACAGGCUUGCUUUGAGGAUGAUACAUCCAUCCCACAGCAGCAGUUCCAUUUUCGCCCCAUAAGUGACAUUGAAGGCUUGGAGAACAACAGUGUCAUAGAUGUGAUUGCUAUUGUUACAUCAAUUAGUCCGUCCAGCUCGAUAAUGAGGAAAAAUGGCAUGGAAACCCAAAAGAGAACCCUCCAACUAAAGGACAUGUCUGGCAGAAGUGUUGAGUUGACUUUGUGGGGGAACUUUUGCAAUGCCGAAGGUCAGACACUACAGGGCAUGUGCGAUUCGGGGGUUUUUCCUGUUUUGGCAGUGAAAUCUGGUAGAGUAAAUGAAUUUAAUGGGAAAUCCGUGGGCACCAUUUCCACUAGCCAGUUGUUUGUAGAGCCUGAUUUUCCCGAGGCCCAGAAACUUAAAGCAUGGUUCAACACCGAGGGGAAGAGCACCCCUGCUAUAUCUUUAUCGAGGGAAUCAAAUGUGGUCCGGGCAGAUGUACGCAAGACUAUAUCCCAGAUCAAAGAUGAAAAGCUAGGUACCUCCGAAAAGCCAGAUUGGAUCACAGUAUCCGCUACUCUAACAUUCGUAAAAGUGGACAAUUUUUGCUAUACUGCAUGUCCUCUCAUGAUUGGAGAACGUCAAUGCAGCAAAAAGGUUACGAAUAACGGGGAUGGAAAAUGGAGAUGUGAAAGAUGUGAUCAGGUAGUAGAUGAAUGUGAUUACAGGUACAUACUCCAGAUGCAGAUACAGGACCACACCGGCUUAACUUGGGUGACUGCAUUUCAGGAGAGUGGGGAGGAUAUAAUGGGUAUACCAGCUAAAGAUCUUUAUUACUUGAAGUACGAGGAGCAAGACGACGAGAAAUUCAACGAGCUUAUGCGAAGUGCUCUCUUCACUAAAUUUGUAUUCAAAUUGAAAGUCAAGGAAGAAACUUUCAGCGACGAGCAGAGGGUGAAGUCAACGGUGGUCAAAGCAGAGAAGUUGAAUUUCCAGACAGAAACCAGGUUCCUGCUCGACUCUAUAGCUAAAUUCAAAGAAGAAGACUCGGCAGGUUUUUUACCACCUAAAACUGAGCAAGUCAUUCCAACAUCUGGGCCCACAAGUAGAGAAUAUGCAGCGCCUGCAACUAGUUAUAGCGGAAUGAAUAGCAAUGCAAGUCAGAUGAAUUCAUCAUAUGGUCGUAAUCAGUACGGUGGUUCAGGCUCAGGCUCAGGAUUUAAUCAAUCUGGUUCUACCGGAAUGUAUAUGAGUUGUAGUAGCUGUGGUGGUAAUGGGCAUACCUCUGCAAAUUGCCCGAGUCUUAUGAGUGGUCCAGCACAAUCCUAUGGAACUGGUGCGGGAAAUAGGGCUACACCUGGUGGUGGUGGUGCAACUGGUGAGUGUUAUAAAUGCCAUCAAACUGGACACUGGGCGAGAGACUGCCCUGCGACGAGCAAUGCUCCGCCUGCUUACGGGAGCGGCAAUAGUGGAGCCAGUAGUGGUGGUGGUGGAGCGUCCGGUGAGUGUUUUAAAUGCCAUCAAACUGGGCAUUGGGCGAGAGACUGUCCUGGAACAAGCAAUGCUCAACCUGCUUACGGGGGCACUAAUGUGAACAGUAGUAGAUAUAUAUCGAAGCAGCAUGUUGGUGGGUUUUAAAUUUCUACCGUUAUGUGAAGUCGGUAAGAUGACAAGCCAAGUAAUGAUUUUGAGUAAUUACCACUAUCGUUUUGCUAAGUUUUGGUUUUGUACAGCGGUUUGGUAAAAUGACUGGCUUUUGCAGGUUUAGCGUAUGGUAUUUGUGAAUUACUUCUUUAGUUUUGGUUCGUUCAUUUUAGGGCAUUAGUAUGAUUUCCGUGUUUUCAGAAUAAAACGAUACGUAGCUCCGUUUUAUGUAACUUAUGUUCCUUCUUAUUACUAUAAUAUUUCAGUUUUCUUGUUUUACCUU